AAAAUAUAAGAUUCCGAUUUUGUUUUCACUAACGCGCACAAGUUCAUUCUUAAACACCAAUCACUAUUAUAUACCAGAGAUAACCACAGUUUAGAACUGACAAAUUUCAAAUUGCGAGUACACAUAUUACAAAAUUCUAUAAUAAUACAUAUUUAUCACAAAUAUACACAUAAAAACAAUGUCUCAUGUUUAUUAUACUGAAUUAUGGCUUGUCACGAGAAGCGAUCUAGAAAAGUUGCUGAAGCUCGAAAGAAAAUUGCAAGAAGAUAGACCUAAAAGAAAAGAAACGGUUUUAAAUUCAAUGUUGCUUAUGUAUCUUAGGUAUUGUAAUAUUGUAAGAAGACUUAUCAUGUGUCUUGAUCAAAUGGUGCAAACGCAGAAACGGGCGUUGAUCAAGCAGAUGUUAGAUUGUGCCAUUGGGCAAAUGUUGGCGUAUAAGAAAGAAAUCGUUCGAUUAGAUUACACGGACUAUCAAUGGCCCGACGAUCUCUUGAAUCAAAUGAAAUUCACGCCGGACUGCAUCGAGCUAUUUGCGUCAGCGUCCAGUCGGGAACGCAUGCAUGAACGCAGAAAGUUUAUUGAAGAAUUAAUGGAGAGUGCUCACAAAGUACCGUCGAUAGAAGAACGCAGCCUGUCACAAAUAGAUAUCAAGAGCAUAGUCGAUGUGGCUGAAAAGGAAACACUACAGACUCGUCCCAAACGAAGAAGAAUGCGCACCGAGGAAUCGAAAGUGGAAUUGAUCCGUGAGUCGCCCGAACAAUAUGCUGCCCGGGAAGCAAAACUUGCUACCAAAAGAGCUAUGCGUAGCGCAAUAUUGUUAAUACAAAGUCAUGAAAGAGCCAGGAUGGGACGCUGUUAUGGAACAGAUAUGAAACGUAUGUACGAUUACAAUCAGAAAGUAACUAUGGGGGAAAUAACACCGAAAAGAAUAGAUCGAACUAUAUUCAUUAAUUCGGUGAUAACAAUACAGCGCGCAUGGCGACGUUACGCCACGAGAAAAGUCAUAAAAGGACGGAUUGCACGUCUCGAAGAAACUUUGGGUAUGACAAUACCGAGCUGGCAGUGCCACGAAACGUUCGCGAAAGACGAAGAAAAUUUUAAAUGUCGACGUGCUCUGAUGCCUGUAUUCGACGCGCACACUGAGAAAGCGAUCAGCGAUGAACGUUCAAGGCUGCUGAGAAUCCGGGGCCCUGGAUUAAUGGAAGAUAUCACCGACGAGAUUCACGAGUGGUUCGUUAUCUGGUAUGACACAGUGGGGCACUACGACGUGUUUCCGGCAGCGGAUUUGGGUGGUAGCGUUUUAAUCACGACUGGACAGACGAUGACGCCACAGGAAUAUCUGAUGGAAAAACUGGAGAGAAAAAAAGAAGCCAAGCCGAAGGGUAAAAUAAUCGAGAAAACGACGUUGGUGCCCGAAUCCAUUAAGCACGAAUCGCACGGUUGGCGAAUGUCGCAAACACAAGCUCUAUCCUACUUGGAGAAAGCAAAUGCUGAUUUUAUUAAUAAUUGGAGUUUUCGCGAUGAGAGCAACAAUCCCGAACAGGAAGAAUAUUUGGAUUUGAUUACUGAAAAGCUAUGUUACGAGUUGCAGUUUGAAAUGCGAAAGAUAGUAGAUGAAUUGAUGAGGAUUGAACUGGAAUUGUUGAAUAAGGCGUUGUUGAAGGAUCUCAGAAGCGAUAAGGAAAAGUUUAAUAACGGCAAGAUCAAAACGGAGAAACAAAAGAAGAACGAUGUUCUGGAAGAUGUGACUAUCAAUGAGUUCUUUAACGAGUUAUUGCAAGCUAAAGUUAUUAGGAACUAUCGCACUGUUUUUCUACGCGAAUGGCACAGCGAUCUUUCCUAUCAGAAUUACGAAGCGCGUCGUGAAUCCCGAAAUUACAUUCACCGGUUGGGCGAAGUCAAGCAGCUUGUCUUGGAGUACUGCGUGUUACCUUUAAUCUCCAAGGAGACGCAUCAGGUCGCGCCACUCGUGCGUUCCGUGUGCAUCUAUGGAUUGCCAGGAGCCGGAAAGACUUCUCUCACCAAUGCCAUUUGCUCGGAGGUCGGCGCGUUACUCCUUGAUGUGUCGGCACCUGUCCUGAUUGGCAAAUACAUUGGCAAAAAAAAUGAACAAAGACUUAUCGAUAUGAUUUACAAAGUGGCCCGUGUUUAUGCACCUUCUAUUAUUUUUUUCAACACUAAUGAAAAACCCUGGCUAAAGCAAAUUCCAUCGGAGGAGUGGUAUCUUCAACUCAAACGAUUCACAAAACAUUUUGUCAAACUAGUAAAAAAUAUCAAGCCGGGUGACCAGAUAUUAUUUCUCUCGCUGUUCGAGGAGCCACAGAAGACAACAGCUGCUUUCGUCAAGCUUCAUAACAAAUUCAUAAUGGUACCUGCCACCGAUUACAACACACUGUACAUGUACUAUAAAGAACUGCUGAUGAAAUAUUACGGUGUUGAUCGCGACAUUGACGUUUCCUGCUUGGCCAAGAUGUCUGUCGGGAUUUCUCUGGAUUUUAUUCGGCAAGCCGUAGAGAAAGUGCUCUCUUUACGUCGAAGAAUCAUUCUCAAGUUUGAUCCGUUAAAUCCACUAGAAAUUAUGAAUGAACUGCUGACAUAUCGAUAUCCCACGACAGAAAUGGCAGUAGCGCUUGAAAAAUUUGAAAAACGCAUUCCAUUUGCCAAGAAAAGGGCCGCAGCUUUACAAGCCGAAAAGCAAGAGCACAGUUGAACGUGAAUUGGAAGAUAAUGCGUUUGCAGGUGUUUCAACAAAUAUGUAUUUUGCGGAAACAAAAGUUUUGUUCGAUGCAAAAUUAUGUUUGCAUAUAAUGUAAAUCUCUAUUGUAUUCCAA